ACGCAUUGUGAUACUUGUACACUUUUAAAUGUCUUCAACAACGAGACUCUAUUAUGGAAUUAUUGAUAAUAAAAAAUGACUACAUUAGCCACAUAAAUCAAAAAACAAAGAUAUUUAUCUUCGUAGAAUACGUAAUCCAUAGUAUCAAACUAGAAUUAUUACAGUUAUUGAUUGAAAUGUAAUUCAAUUCACGUAUAAUUUAAAUAAAUUAAAGUGAUAGCUCAUUGAUUUUGGCUUUACCGGUACAUUUGGUUACGAUGUCAACGGAUAAUAUGAGAACUGUCAUUGCUGGUCAAACAUUUUAUGGUUUGAUUUAUUUGUGGAUAUUAUUAGAGACCUGUUCAUUUUGUAACACCAUGAGCAAUGAUUCUAAGUAUAUUUCCGUUGAUUUUGAAGUUUAUGGAAGAGUCCAGGGGGUAUUUUUCCGUAAAUUCACUCAAAAACAAGCUGUUAAAUUGGGUUUGAGUGGUUGGUGCAUGAACACAGAAAGUGGUACUGUCCAAGGGAACAUGCAAGGAACAGCUUCAAAAAUUGCUGAAAUGAAAUCAUGGCUUCAAAAUGUUGGCAGUCCUCAAUCAAGAAUCGAUAAAGCAGUUUUUACAACUGAAGCAAUACUAAAAGAAAAACCCACUGGCUCAUUUUCAAUUCGACGCUAAAAAUUUGUGAUAACAAAAUGUGAAAUUAUUUGUAUUAUUUAUUGAAAAUUAAACCUGUUAUAUUUUA